AUGGCAGAAUCCGCAGUGUCCUUUUUGGUUGAGAAGCUCGCUAUGUUGGUUGAGAAAGAGGUGAAACUUUUGAAAGGGGUACAUGGAGAAUUUCAACUCAUCAGAAAUGAGUUUGAGCGCAUGAAGGCCUUCUUAGCAAGUGCUGAGUCGUCACAAGAAGAGGACCCUGAGUUGAAGGUAUGGGUGAAACAAGUCAUAGAAGUUGCAUACGACACGGAGGAUAUUCUAGAUGGAUUCAUGCUCAAGUUGGCAAGAGAUCACGGGCAUGGUUUCACGGGGUACCUUCGCAAGAUCAAGUCAUCCAUACAGAACUUGAAAGCAUGCCAUCAUAUCUCCUCCAAGAUAGCUGAUAUCAAGUCAAGAGUCAGCAGCAUCGGCGAAGGGCAUUGGGAGGACGCUUUUCUAGUCGAGGAAGGUGAACUAGUGGGGAUUGAUGAGCCGAGAGAAGAGAUUAUCAAGUGGCUUGUUGAUGGAGAACCAGGACUUGAAGUUGUAUCAAUCUUAGGGAUGGGGGGUUUAGGGAAGACCACUCUGGCCGGAAGAGUCUACGACAAUCAACAAGUAAAAGCUUACUUCCAAAGCCAUGCAUGGAUCAAUGUCUCACAGUCUUAUAAGAUUGAGGAUAUUUUGAGGGACAUGAUUGUACAACUUCAUAGAGAAUUCCAGCAACCAAUCCCUCAAGGAAUCGAAAUCAUGAGAAGCACGAGUCUCAAGCAGAUAGUUAAAGCCUUUCUGCAGCAAAAGAGGUACAUCAUUAUUCUAGAUGAUGUAUGGGACAAGGAAGGAAUAGAUGGAUUCAUGGUCCUUAUUCUACAAGAAAGCCUUCCGAGGGAAAACCUGUCCUCCUUACCUAGAACAAGAAAGCCUUUGUCGACAGAUUUUGAAAAAUGUGAGGGUUUGCCACUUGCCAUAAUGGCUCUUGGUGGUCUUCUCUUUGCAAAAGAUGUUCAAGAAUGGGAGAUGAUUUCUCACAGCCUUGCUGCAGAACUAGAAAGCAAUGACAUGAUGCAAAAUUUCAAGAAAAUUCUUAGCUUGAGCUACAGUGAUUUGCAUUAUAACUUGAAAAGCUGUUUUAUGUACUUGGGAGUAUUUCCAGAGGAUUGUGUGAUUAAGUGUGCAAGACUCAUUCGUUUGUGGAUCGCAGAAGGGUUUGUUAAGGAAAGAGAAGGGAUGACACAGGAAGGGGUUGCUCAAAGAUACUUGAAGGAGCUUGUUAAUAGAAGAUUUCUAGCUCCUCAGGGCAUUGGAGCGUUAGCAUCACUGCAGAAAUUGUGCUUUGUAAAAGCUGGAGGUAGUCGGAGCAAGAACACAAUGCAAGAGCUGGGAGAAUUAUGUCAACUAAGGAGGUUGGGCAUAACGUACCUAAAGAAAGAUGAUGCAAAGGGACUAUGCCACUCUGUUGAGAAGAUGACCAAACUUCGAUCACUAGCAGUGAAUGCACAAAGUGUGUCUGAAGUUAUUGAUUUGGAUUUUUUAUCUUCACCUCCCUUGCUACUUCGGCAUCUAUAUAUCAGAGGAUGUCUAAGGAAGCUACCUAAUUGGCUUCCUCUACUAAACAAUCUGGCCAGAGUGAGUUUGGAAUGGAGUAGAUUGAAAUCUAGCCCCCUAAUUCCUCUCCAGAAUUUGCCCAAUUUGAUGGAGCUUGAUCUUGCUAAUGCUUUUGAUGGGGAAAUUUUGGUUUUUGGAGAUAGAGGGUUCCCAAAGCUCAAGAAGAUGGUCCUCACUAAUCUAGAAAAUCUCAGAUUUGUGUCGAUGAAUGGUCAGGCAGUGCCUUGCCUUCAGAGUCUCUCCAUUUGCAAAUGCAGGCACUUGGAUUGGCAAUCGUUAUUGGUUGUCAUCCGUGGCCUCACCCUCCUCACGUAUAUUCGCUUCGAUGAGAUGCCAGAAGAAUUUGCACUUGCGUUCUAUCUGUACAGCAGUAACAAAAUGAUGAGGGAGGGUGUUCUACAACAGUGCUGUGAGGAUGUGAUGGAACGUAAUCCUAAAGUUCACUUUGUCUGGUGGGAAGAGGAUCACUGGGAGUGGUAUGAUCUUAACUCUUAUUGCUAUAAUCUCAUCAAGCGUAGGGUGAUGAGCCGCGAUGAGGUUCUUCCUGAAGUAUCAUAG